CACUGACAAGCAGCUGUUCCUACAGUAUUACGUUACAGAGCUCACGUGUAGGCUUUGACUGCGUGUAGUUUCACCGAGAAAAGAUCAUUUAUUUCACUAGAAACACAAUGGAGCCUGCUAUAGUCAUAAAACCCGGAGCGUCGAAGUGGGACAUUCGUCAGAAAGUUUGGGACUACAUCGAGGAGAAGAACCUGGCCAACUUCCCGAGGCCUGUUCACAACAGAAUCCCAAACUUCAAGGGUGCGGUUCAAGCAUGCAACAGGCUUGCAGACCUGCAGGAGUUCAAGUCCAGCCAGACAGUCAAAGUAAACCCAGACAGACCCCAGCAGCAGGCACGCUUUGUCACUCUUGAAGCGCGGAAAACUUUAUUGGUCCCAACUCCUCGUCUUCGCACCGGCCUUUUCAAUAAUAUUACUCCUCCCCAAGGGGCCAGCAAAGAACAGCUACGCAUAUGUUCCUCCUCGCAGGGUGUGAAAGACUUCAGCGUGCCCGUCGGCCUGGAUGCGAAGGUGAAGGUAGACCUGGUGGUGGUCGGCUCUGUGGCGGUGUCAGAGAAAGGCUUUCGGAUUGGGAAAGGAGAGGGCUAUGCUGACAUGGAGUAUGGCAUGAUGGCCUCAAUGGGAGCUGUGGAUGAGUCCACUGUGGUGGUUACUGUUGUCCAUGACUGCCAGGUGGUGGAUAUUCCAGAGGAGUUAAUAGAAAGUCAUGACCUGACGGUGGACUACAUCCUCACACCCACCAGAGUUAUUCAAACUAAAUGCCAGCUCCCCAAACCACAAGGAAUCAUCUGGACUAAGCUGGACACAGAAAAGCUGGAGAGGAUCCCCAUCCUGAAGAAGCUGCGUGCUCAGGAGGAGCAGGCUGGAAAGGAUGUAACACUGGGGGCCGCGCCUGUUGCAGCAGAGCCCGGUGUGCAGACUGCUCAGCCCAGAAGACAAACCAGACAGAGGCCAAGACAGAGCACGCAGCAGGGUCCCGAGGGAGAAUCCAGACAGGAUAGAAGAGCGCAGUCAGAACAGGAAGCCAGACAGCGCCCAGCUAGAGUGAGGAAAGAAAGAAGAGGAGAUGUAGGUGGAGGUAAAGAGGGAGAAAUCAAUGAGAGAGGAAAGGGAAGAAGAGGAGGGAAUGUGAAGGAGAAGGGCCCAGAGGAGGGUGGAAGUGAAGUCAUGUCUCAGCGUAAGCUCCCUCUGAGUGUGACCACAGUGUACCUGGGCGGUAUCCCUGCUGGCCUGCGAGUCAGUGAGCUGAAAACUGCCCUCAGAGAGAGGGAGGCCGCCCCGCUCAGGCUCACCUGGCAGGGAGCUCAACACAGGGCCUUCCUGGACUACAGCGACCCACAGACUGCAGAGCAGGCCCUGGCGGCUCUGCAGGAUCUCAGCCUGAAUGGUCACAGUCUGCAGGCUGAGCUGGCCAAGAGCCAGCGGGGAGGCAAGAGGUCCGGACAGUCCAAUAGGAGGCCGAGACCACCAGCGGCUCCGAAAACUAAAACAGUACCAGAUACUAAGAGUGACAGCAAUGAAAUGACUGAGCAGUAACAGCAGCAGGCAAAACGCUACAUGACGUGAAACGCCUUAAGAUAGAUAGAUCUAUCAUAUCAUACAUGACGUGAAACGCCUUAAGAAGGUUUAGUUAGUUUGUUUUUUUUAAUAUUUCUGGAUUUAUAGGUUGACCUCAAUUACUAAUAAGCUUAACAGAAUAUUUGAAAUAUGCAAUGGCUGAACUUCAGCAUCAUAAAGCAUUGCACUAGAACAGUGAUUUAAACACUUCACAGAACUUAACCAGUUAUCUGUGUGCCUUGUUUCUUCACACACACCUCCUGGUCUGUGUGUCCCUACAGCCUUCUUUCCUUGAAGGUGGUUUUUGGGGUAAUUCAGUAUUUUGUUAGAAUAAGUGUUGAGUGAAUUUUACAAGUAGAGUACAUUUUAUUUCCAGCCGUCAGUAUUAUCUCCUCCAACAAGAUCACGUUUUCAAACCUGUUUGUCUGCCUGUUGGUUAAUUCCGAAACACUGAACUAAGGCCAUGGGCCAAAGAAGAACAGGUUCGUUUUUGUUGCAGAUAGCGCCACCAUGUGGCCAUUUAAUCAAUUCAUGAAAUCCUGAGGACUCCUGAGCCAUGAAGCCUUAGAAGAAAAAUGAUCAAUUCCUUGGUCUAACAUUUACAUAUUCACACUAAUGUUCGACCACACAGAUUUUCCACCAUUUGAAUGUUUUAUGUAAAACAUAUUUUUUGCUAUUUCGACAAAUUUGAUCCAAUCUUCACAAAACUUGUUAUGUUUGACUGACUCUAAAAACCUGAUUCUUUUUAUUCCAUUGCCAUCUUGUGAGAUAGAUGUGGCCCAUUUGACAUCAACUGCCAUAAAUCUGGAGCAUAUUGUGCAGUUUCAACCUAAUUUAGAGCACAUGCAAACAUAUUAGCAAGUUGUUUGGCCACAUUGAUUACAGACUCUGUACACGCUACAGUAAUAUAAUAUAUUAAAUGUGACCCUGGAUUUAAGUAUUUUCUAAACAUCAGUGUCAUUGCCUAUCUGUGUAUUUUGACUUACUUAUUCUAAACAUCUAAACCUAUUUUAUUAAAAAAAAAAAAAACAGACGCAGAGGCUUGUGCAGCCUUGUUGGAGCUGUACUUUUUGCUUUUUGCUUGCUUAGGUUUUUUCAGAAUGUUUUGCUUAUAGACAUUGUACAUUUCAACAGUGAUAUUUGUAUGUUUUAUUAAUAAAAGUGACAUAUUCAUUGUAUUCUGUGUGGUCAGGUAAGGAAGAUACGCUGCAAUGCCUGAAUGAAGUGUUGUAGUGCUGAUGCAUCUGUUUGGAACACAUAAUAACUUUCUCUACUAAAGCG